AUGCAUUUCCAUAAAAUCACGCUGGGCGCCACCCUGGCCGCCCUCCUGAGCCUAACCACCGCCCUCCCAACCACCUCAUAUUCCUUCCCCCUCACCACCCGCGACGACACCCAGUGCCCUACCGGAAAGUCCUUCUAUCGCUGCUACAAAAACAACUUCCGCGGCUGCUGCUCCGUCGACCCAUGCGAUCUCGAUGACGGCUGUCCAGACAAUGACACCCCAACCUGCACGCCGGGCAAAAUCUACCAGCCCAAGAUGCAAACCUACCUCCUCCCCUCCUCGGACCCGAUCUCCACCCCAAACCUUAACGUCUCCAAAUCCGCCACCGCCGAAUGGGACCAGACGAUGACGUUCUCCGUGCCCCAGGGAGCUAAGACCUGCACGCUGAAUUGGGGUGUGCCCGCCGAGCGCAACUUCAAGGCCGGCAAUAAUGCGCUGGUGAGAGUGUGGCAGGGGGAUAAGGUCGAGGGGGAGAGUAUUGGCGCGGCGGACUUUACCAAUUGGCCCGGUGUGGAGGGUCCCCAUUUGCAUACCGUGGGGACUGUGCAGUGUGCUGAGGAGAUUGUUCUUCGGUCUCGGUUGGACAAGGAAAGGCUGGGGUGGCUGGCUGAGAUGAGAGUCUCUUUUCCGGGAUUGCUUUUUUUUUCUCUUUUCUUUAUUUUUCUUUUUUUUUAUGUUUGUUGCUUGCCUCUUGCGUUUGAUUUAAAACUUAGAUCGUGCAGAAUUUUAAUCUCAAUCUAA